AUGGCUUCUGAACCAAGACCUUCGGACACCACACCUAUGAUCUCUGUCGCGUACGAUGCGACCGAGUCACCAUCUGCUGUGACGGCCAAAGAGGCCUUGAAGUUGGGGCACGACGUCACCCUGAGCUUCUCGGGCGAUGCCCUGAUCGUGAAAGACAAGGCCAUUGCGAAGCGAGAGCGGUCCAAGUUCUGCGGCGUACCUGUUGGAGCCGCAAAGUCCGAGCUUCCCAUCCCUUUCUACAACGUCCUCUGGGCCGAGGUGACCGAGAGCGCACUGCUAAUCGACUACGCCACGGUUUCCAAGAGCCACGCCAGACCGCGAAAACUAAAAUACCCUCUUGAUGGAGUCACACUGGAAGACGCUGCGGCAUGGAUAGAAGAACUUUUGAAACGAGCAUACGGUACAGCUCAGCGGAGGAAACGCGCCAAGGUCCUUGUGAACCCGCUUGCAGGUCCCGGCGGCGCCGAUAAGAUCUGGGAGCAUACUGUCAAGCCACUCUUUGAAGCCGCCCGCAUGACACUCGAUGUCUCCCGGACCGAGUUUCACGGUGAGGCCAUUGCCAUCUGUGAAAAACUGGAUCUAGACGCCUAUGAUGUUGUGAUACCGUGCUCAGGCGAUGGGCUGCCAUAUGAGGUGUUCAAUGGCUUGGGCAAGCGUCCGGAUGGGCGUCGCGCCUUGCGCCAACUCGCUGUCGCACACAUACCAUGCGGUAGCGGCAACGGCCUAAGCUGCAACAUAAAUGGAACCUAUAAGCCGGGUCCUGCGGCUCUAGCCAUUAUCAAGGGCGUACGCACACCCUUGGAUCUGAUGAGUGUGACUCAAGGCGAUCAACGGAUGUUGAGUUUCCUCAGUCAAUCCUUCGGCAUUGUGGCUGAAUGCGACUUGGGCACCGAGAACCUCCGCUGGAUGGGCGCAGCAAGAUUCGACAUCGGUGUCGUGCAGCGGAUCUUCACAAAGCGGACCUGGCCAUGUGAGGUCUCUGUGAAGACUGUCAUUUCAGACAAGGACGAGAUCAAGGCACAUUACAGGAAAGAAACGAACUCGGCAGAUUUUCACAUCCGACGAGAGGGGGAUGCUGCUAGCUCCUCUUCGCCCAAUGCCGACUCCGUGUCCAGCGAAAACGAAGCGGGCGAAGGACUGCCACCGCUGAAGUAUGGGUCCGUCAAUGACAAGUUGCCUGCCGAUUGGGAGACAACCACCCUCGAUGAUUUGGGCAACUUUUAUUGUGGCAACAUGGGUUACAUGGCCCCGAAUGCAAAUUUCUUCGCUGCAGCUCUACCAAAUGACGGAUUGAUGGACCUUGUUAUCAACGACGGCACCAUUUCUGCAAUGAAGUAUGUUGACUUGAUGACCUCCAUCGAGAGUGGGCACUUCUUCAACAACCCACUCAUUUCGUACCGCAAGAUUGUGGCGUACCGUCUCACGCCAAAGCAGAAGACGGGCUACCUCAGCAUCGACGGUGAAGCCGUUCCUUUCGAGCCUUACCAGGUUGAGAUACAUCAAGGUUUGGGAACGGUGUUGUCGAAGAGAGGUAGAUAUGAGAUUCCGGGGCCAAUGGGAUGGGACAAACUGGGGAGCGGAGUAGUUGAGGGUAAGAGCAACGGCACGCCAUAG